AUGGAGUCUUUCAGCCUAGUUAAUGGCACGACAGGGGGUGACCCUCAAGUGGACACAAGGGGAUCAACUGACCCAGCUCUGAUCACCCACCUCAGUGACAGAGAGCUCGAUGAUUCAUUGCUGGGGUUGGGGGACAGCACAAAACUGCUGGGUGUCCAAGUGGUUCUGAUCCUGGCAUACAGCACCAUCAUUCUGCUGGGUGUAGUGGGCAACUCUGUGGUCAUCUAUGUUGUCUACAAGUUCAAAACACUCCGCACUGUCACUAAUUACUUCAUAGCUAACCUGGCUGUGGCUGACCUUCUAGUCAAUACACUGUGCUUGCCCUUCACAUUGAUUUACACACUGCUUGGCGAAUGGAAGUUUGGACAGGUACUUUGCUUCACCCUGCCCUAUGCCCAGGGCCUGGCUGUCCAUGUCUCCACGGUAACGCUAAAUGUCAUUGCGCUGGACCGUCACAGGUGCAUCGUCUAUCACCUGGAGACACGCAUGUCCAAGAACAUGUGUUUCUUGGUCAUCGCAAUCACUUGGGUGAUAAGCGCAGUUCUUGCCAGCCCUUUGGCCAUCUUCAGAGAGCAUGGGACUGUUGAUCUCUCUCCAGAACAGUCCAUUGAGGUAUGCAGGGAGAAGUGGCCAGGGAGCAGCACAGAUGGUACCCUCUACUCCAUCUCAAUGUUAUUGCUUCAGUACGUGCUGCCUCUUGCUGUUAUCUCCUUUGCUUAUAUCCGCAUCUGGAGCAAACUCCGCAACCAUGUCAGCCCGGUGGGGCGUGAUGACAGACACCAACGACGCCGCAAGACAACCAAGAUGUUGGUCACCAUGGUUGUGGUCUUUGCGGUGAGCUGGCUGCCCUUCCAUGCCUUUCAGCUGGCUGUUGACAUCGACAGCAGUGUGCUGGAUAUGCGGGACUUUAAACUGCUCUACACUGUCUUCCACAUCGUGGCCAUGUGCUCCACUUUUGCCAACCCACUGCUUUAUGGCUGGAUGAACCGCAACUACCGCAGGGCAUUUGUGGCUGUCUUCCGAUGUGAGCAGCGCCUUGAAUCUGUCCACCCCAAGGACUGUGGUGCCACCGUCAUCCGCAAGGGUACCAAGACCAAGAAAGCUCCGGAGCCUCAGGACGCAGUGGCGUCAGUGGCACCUCGUCUCAAUACUACAGAAAUCCACAUGGCAUAG